AAACAGGCUUCACCAUGAAUAGGAUUUUGGGACAAGAUAAGGACAUAUAUCCAUGCUGGAUGUUUCAAGUCUGUCAGCACUGAAAUGCUUUUUCAGAUUAGCACUUUAUUUAUUAUUUUCAAGUCUAGUUAUAAGCACGUCACUGUUUUACAAUAAUAGGAGAAUUUUGCUCAGCUCUUAGGAUGGGUCUCCAUCAGAGUAAUUUGUAAAGAUUUUGAACUAUUGGUAGCAAGAACAGAAAUGAGUGUAGACAGGCCUACUUUAGACAAUACUGCUACACUGCCUGUGUCCUGCUUAUGCCAUUGCUUCCAUCAUUACUGCUGCAAAUGGAGUGACAUCAGCGCAGAAAAACAGAGUGGGUUUUUUUCCUGUUACAGACAAGACCUAAGUAUUAGCCUGUCUUUCUGUACUGCCUUGUCCAAACCAGCUUUCUUAAUACCUCCAACUGGUGCCAUCCUACAACGGGAAAGGUACUACAGUCAAUAAAGUGUCAUUAGUAGGAAGCACUUAAAUCACUGUGUCAUAUAGGACUGCUUUGGACUGGUAAACAGUGUAGUUUGAAAAAUGGUACCAGUAGGGGAGCUGCAAUAAUGGGAGAUUUAUUUAAAAACCUUUAUGGGGUAUACUUAGAGCCUGGCAUACCAAGUAAUGGUAAUAAAAGUGCCUGAAGUUUACAUUGUGGAGAGGACUUGUGAAAACACAGGUUGACGUUUCAGUCGUAAAACAGACACGACAUAAACCAUUUUUUUAAUUAUGUAUUUGUAAAUGGCAAAACUGCUUUCCUUUAAGUAGGAUAAUCACUUGAGCAUGCAUCAUAACUGUUACACUCACACUUUUUAUUAUGCGAUACUCGCUAUUAUUUCUCCCAUACAUUAAUUAAUAAUAAUCCUUUUCUGGGCAUGCGUCAUAACUGAGCAUGCAUCUUAACUGUUAUGCAUCAUAUGCAACUGUUAUGAUAUGCAUCAUAAUCCUUUUCUGGGCAUGCAUCAUAACUGUUACAUGCGCACUUUUUAUUAUGCAGUACUCACUAUUAUUUCUGAUAUACAUUAGUUAAUAAUCCUUUUCUGGGGCCUAUAUUUCAGCAAUAGCAGAUCAUAUGGAGUAGAAAUUUGUCAUAGAGGCUGGCAGAAUGGGCUUGAGUCUCUUGCACAAAAAAUAUUUAGUGACAUUUCCGGUUUUUUUAAUAGAAUCAAAUUGUAUUGCUUAGCUUCAGAUAGGUUUGUGCUUAGUCUGAAAUUAUACAAAGUGUUAACCAAAAAUUUUAAAUAUUCUCCAGUGAUUCAUAGGCAGGUAAGUCUUUUUGAAAUUGUGUUAGCAGUAUUCUAACCUACAGUACACCAUUAUACUGAGCUGAAUUUUGCUUUCUGAUAUGUAUCUCUGCACCCCACUUUGCUGUAAUGUUUGCAGAUAAGGAUAAUGUGCCUCUUAUUUCAGUCAAGUUUGCACAACAGAAGUUGGAGGAGGUAUGAUUUUUGGAGGAGAUGCAGAAGUAGAAGUCUGAACUCUGGGCCCCUUUGAAGAGAAAAAUAGAGGACAUGAAGGUAUUGGGGUUUGUAUCAGUGGAGGACAGAGUAGCAAAAAACCAGAAUGUCCUCUGUGAUGGCCAUCCUAGUCACAUCCCACCAUGUCCUGAUAAUCUCUCCAAGCAUAAAACCAAUAUUUAGGAAUUAUUUUCAUGACUCAUUUUUUAAAAGACUAGCCAAGCUCAUUUUGUGAUGUGGUGUAAAAUAUUUGUUUCAAAAUAAUAAUUACCUUGAAACUGGGAUUUACAAUGGACAAAUUUUCUGAAGCACAUGUUCCCGCACAUCCAUAACUAUGUGUACACAGAGAUUCCCAGUUCCCACUCUCUCUGAAGCUGGGCAUAUCUGAUAUCUUUUAUUAGACCAACUAAAACUGUUGGAAAAAUUCUUCUUUGCAAGCUUCUUUGCAAGCUUUUGGAUACAAAAAAAAAAGCUUGCAAAGAAGAAUUUUUCCAACAGUUUUAUCUGGUCUAAUAAAAGAUCUGAGAUUUACCCAAAAAACUUUUGUCUGCCUAUGUCCUUAGACCAACACAGCUACAACCAACACCUCUGAAACAUAGGCUUCAGCUUCACUCUUUUAUACCAUUGCUAGACUUGUAGCAUCUACAAUCCAGGAUAUUUUGGUGCGAAGAGUGUUGUCCGUUCCUUAUUGCCAAACCAGACAUACUGCUCUGCAAAAGCCUUUCUCAGCAGGUCUGUCUUUCUGUCGUGUAUUAAAUCUGUGUUGCAAUGAAAUUGCAAUAAUGAGGCUUUGUAUAACUUGAAACCAAAAUACAUGGUCCAAAGGCAGAGGUCCAUUAUGCAGUCACUUCCGAUUUGAAUAUUUUUACUGUAUUAAAUCUCUGUGUAUACAAGCAACCCCUGCUUAACGCUGUUUCGCUUAGCGCUAAUUUGCUAUAAAGCUCAUUUUAAAUUGAUACCUAAUUUCACUUGGUGCUCAGCGAGUUUUGUUAUAACGCUCAUAGUCGUCAUCUUGGGUCAUUAAAAACAAUUGCAGUUGCCAUCUUGGGUCGAAAGGUACUUUAGGUUUCGCUUAACGCUCGGUUUUUCAGGAACCAAUCAAGAGCGCUAAGCAGGGGUUGCCUGCACCCCAAAGCCAGGUUAAACCUGACUCGCCUCCCAUGAGGUCCUCAGUGCCGCUUCUCAGGCUGGACAUGGGUUUGAUUUUUGAGCUGUAUUCAGGCCUAAUGCCCAUUGAGGAUCAGUUUAGUUGGUGGGAGUGCCUCACAUCUAUUAUAAAACACUUUCUUCCAAAGACUUAGUGUAUUUUUUUUACUGAAAUCGUUUAUAUACUUUUAAAAACACUACCGUUUUAUUGGAUCGGUCUUCGAGAGGUUUAAUGGCAUUGAAGUAGGUCAUCUGAAAACUGUUUGCAGAGGCAAAUAAAAGAUCGUUUGAUUUUCAGGUUCCUGGUUUCCUGUUUUAUUUCUUCCCAACUGAAGCACAGCGGGAGACAGAACGGGGUGAUUUGGAGGGGAAUAACCUGAGUUAGGGGCCUGGUGUCACAUGGGUAGGAUAGUGUCACGCUUCACUGUGCCCCACUUGCACCCAGUGCGGCUGCAGGCUCAGUGCUGCCCACAUCGUCCCCCAGGCUCAGGGGCUGCGCACAGGCCUGCAGCACUGCCCUUCAGCCAGUGGCUUGGUGGGGCAGGGGUUUCACUGAGCCACUGACAGGCAAGAAGCUUUUAAAUGCAUCCAGCCACAAGCACUUCCGGGUUGAACCUCUCCACCCCAAUUCAGGGGCAUGGGGGAAGACCCGGACUUCCGGGCAUGCGUGGUCGCGCGCUCCCGGAGGCGCCUGAGUAAUGCUAAUACUGCGCAUGCGCGUCAUUGGGCCCGGAGGACAGCAAGUGGUGCGCGCGCGGAGCUGUCAGUUUCCCCGGCAGAGCGCAGGUGGCGCAUGCGCAUGGUUCUGUCAGUUUCCCGGAGGAGCGCAGGUGGCGCAUGCGCGCGGUGCUGUCAGUCUUCCCGGUGCUCAGGUGACGCAUGCGCGUCAGCAUUCCAGGGGAGCCCAGCUGUUCCAGCUGCUGCUGGGCCAUGUACAGCGGGCAGCAGCCGAGCGCCCCGGGCGGCACGUGCAGCGCUGCGCGACCUUCGGCCCUCUGGGCCCAAGGACAGAAACGCAGGAGCGGGAAUGACUCGGGUUCCUCUGCCUCGGAUGAACGUCACGGUGGACGCUUGGACGACAGGGUAGAGAGCUUUCCAGGAUUAGACGGUUCUAGGUCCCUUUCAAGUUGUUCAGACAAGGGAAACGCAGUUGAAGAAGGCAAAACCAUGAAGACAUUGAACAAAAAGAAAUAUGGAAACUCUGUUUCAAAUGACUCUACCAAACCAGUGGAAAGGGAAACGGAUGAAGUGGUUUUGAGGAGAAGACAAAAACAGAUCAAUUUUGGGAAAAACACACUUGCGUAUGAUAGAUACAUUAAAGAAGUCCCAAAGAGCCAACGGAUACCAGGAGUUCACCCUAGGACCCCCAACAAAUUUAAGAAGUACAGCCGCAGAUCCUGGGACCAGCAGAUCAGGCUGUGGAAGAUAGCACUUCAUGCUUGGGACCCCCCUACUGAAGAAAACUGGGAUCUGCAGCCAAUUAGCACAGACCCUCCAGGCAGUUCUCAGGAACGGCACUGCAGAGACACGAAUGACCCUGAUUCCUCUGAGUUUGAAAAGCAGAACAGAAAUUCAUAUGAAAACCAAGGCGAGCAUUCAGAUUAUGGGCCUGAGAGCAGUCAUUCACCAGAUUCUUCUCCAGUAUGGAAACGCAGAAAACAGAACGAUCCCGAUUCCCCCAUGUCUGAUGGCAAAAACCCGUAUAGACAUCAAGAGAACAGCCUGGAGAGUUUUCAGCUGCCACCCAGACCUUCUCAAGGGCGGAACCGUGAAAUACAGAACGAACCUGACUUUGUAUUUGACAGAGAAGAGUGCAGAAAAUCGGAUUCGACACUGGAGAGAAGCAUUAAAGAAGAAGGACUUCCUUCAGGGACACAAAAUGAAUGUAAGUGCAGCUUGACCUCCUGCGAUCAGCAGAUCAAACCUUGGAAGACAGAUCUGGACUCCAAGGAUUCCUACAACGAAAAAGAAACAGAUUUAUGAGCAGUGUGAAAUUAUGAAGCGACACUGGGAUUUGUUCAGAUAUCAAGAUCUACUUUUAAAGAGAAGCUUCCCCUACGAUGUUUGGCUUCCAGUGUGUUUAAAUCUGAUUUACAAAAGCCAAAGAAGAUUUUUUUUUGACUCGCCUGAAGAAUUUGAAUGUUUCUUGAAAACCAUCCCACAGGAACCUGUCUGAAACCCUCUAGCUCCCACCUAUAGCUGCCAUCUGAGGCUAGAAGGUCCAGCAGCCUGGCUUGACAAAGGCAUGCCAGUUUAUGGAGCCAGUGGCACAGAAGGGCAUGAUGUAGCUAGCAUCACAUCUGGCUGAAUGACCAGGUUUUCCCAGGUCUUUGAAGGACAGGAAUAACAGGCUGCUGCUAUUAUCUCUCUCCCUCCUUCUGUGGUUGUGCUACAACUUCACUGACAUCUGAUCUGUUCACACCCCAUCAGUUAACCUUUGUGCUAAGAUGAAGUUUCUUAAAACUUAAGCGGUAUGCCUUUUUGAGACUGCCAACACAGGUAAUGAGGUAACAUGUGGGACAUUUUAAAGGCUAUUUCCAUUUGCAGUUCCUGCUAUUAUCAGCAGGAGUACCACGCUGCAGGUGGUAUGCUAAUGACCUACUGGAACAUUAGUCUCAUAUUGACUCCAGGAAAAACUACAACAUAAUAAGUAGUUGUCAACAAGUCCCAAAGCACUUAGAACUUAGUUCAGCUUUGAAUGUGUGAGAUCUGACAGCCUCCAGUUAUUACCAUUAAAGAUGUACAUUUAAGAAAUAAAUAUGAUAUAUUUUGAAGAAGUAGCACUUACCAUCUUGUUACUCUACUGUGCAUGUUUCCAUAUGUUUUAUAUAUGUUUGUAAAUGAAGGAAAAAUAAAAUUUGUAGCAUGGUGUCUUUGUUUAAAAAAAAAAAAGGAAAUAAGGACCAUGAUCUGGGCAACCUUCUCUGAUUUUUUUUAACUGUCUCUUAAUGAUAAUGAUAAUAUGGGCUGUUAUCUUUCAUUUCA